AUGUCACCCAGAUUCACACUCCUUGAUCUCAAGCCAAUCGACUUCUCCCUCACAGCAGGCACCAACAUCCCUUCACCGCCAGCCUCGCCCAUAAUCCCACGCCCGCCAACGCCUGGCGGCGGUCCGCUAUCCUCACACCCUACCUCUCCUUCUUCUUUUCACAUCCCCGGCGCCUACCCAACAACACCUCCAGUCAAUCGCGCACGCACAUCACCGAUUGACCGAAGCCCGUCGGCGAGCCCAAAGCCCUAUCGAGCUCCCUCGCCCAUCUCUCCCUCCAAUAUGCCCGGCUACCUCAGCCCAGCGGCAACGAUAUCGACGGACGCAACUAGCAACAGCAACAGCAGGUCAGAGAUGAAGCGCCCGUCCUCAGUCCGCAAGUUCCUCAGCCUCCAGCGCCUCCGCAUGAACAGCCACAACAACUCCACGGACUCCGUGCCCUCUCCACGCACACCAAGCGGCGAAUCACCGUCCGAAUCUCCCACCGCAAGCAGCGUUGUCAGCCGCCCGAGCAUAGCCAGGCGGAAGAGCGGGAGCUGGUUCAACUCGGGCAGGAGACGCAGUGGUUUCUUCGGCCGUGUGGACGAGGCGGACAUCGUUGCGCAGGAAGACAAACGGGUGGAUAGCUUCAACAGCUCGCCGCAGCUCGGUGCGUAUACUUCGAGUCCGAUUAGGAGUGAGCCAUCGCCGCCGAGAUUGCCGGAGCUGGGGAGUUUGGAGACGGGAGGGAGUUUGGGUGGGGAGGACAUGUUUAAGAAUAUUGGGUGA